AUCGUUCACGCGCCCGCCCACUCGCUGUCGGCAAACUUGACCAACCACGGACAACAAAGGAUAAACACAAUGGCCCAACCGUCGUCCCUGAACACCAACAACCCGUUUCGGCGGAAACAAGCCGGCGCAUUGACGACCUCGAAUCCUCCGAUUUCGCUAGCCUCCGACGCUUUCGCCGAUGCCUUCGACCCUCUUCCUACAUCCCCUUCGUCUUCGCUCGACCCUACACGACCGCCACUCCCGUCUAGCGACGACUUCCGCAACUCCCUCCAGUCUCUCGGCCAGUCCAACGAACCACCUCCAAAGACAAGUUUCCAGAAACCAAAAGUCGUGAAAAGGGUCCGCGUUCAGUCACCACCGCCAUCUCCUGAGUCAGAGGAAGAACCCGAUACAAAUCCGCCAGUGGAGGAAGAUACAGCCGAAAGUAGCUCAAGUGAUGACCAAGAUGAAGGCGCGGAUCCGUUUGCCCAGGCUGACGAAGUCCCCCCGCCGACGCUAUCACGGCCUGAGUUACCAGGCUCCAGCCAGGUACCGCCAAACCCGUUUGGAAGGACAUUAGAGGACCUGGAGCACCCAAAGAAUGAGCCAACACAGAAUCCCGGCCAAGCGGGAGGACCGGCGCAACCACCACGAACCGAUGGCGCGAGCAUAGCUGAUGCAUCGUCAACUUUGACUGCGCAAGACACGCCCCGGACAUCCCACCAGACUUCGGAACAUGGAAGGGAGGAACCACAAUCACAACGAACAUCAAUAAGCGGUCCCAUACGCCCAACCGCGCAGGCGCCAGCGACGUCGAGGAGCAAAGCACCGCCGCCGCCGCCGCCCAGCUCGAGGCAUGGGAAGCUGAUCAAAGUGGAGCCCAAGGGCGAGGAGAGAUCAGGGACGCCCAGUACCCCGAGACCGUCAUCUUGGUCAUCAUCUGCCCGCGCUUCUCGUGUUCUAGCCUCGCCGUUCUCAGAACAGCCCUCGGACGUGAACACACCACUGCCACCACCGCCGGUGAAGUCUCCAAGCGAGGAAGACGUGGAAAGUUCAUUCGACCGUGAAGCCGCCGCUAAGGUCCCGGAUGUGGGCCAAGAGACACACGCACCGACUCCCCAGCCGCCAACUCCGCCCAAGCCAACAACGACCUCACCGCCUCCCUCACAAGCAUCGAAAAAACCACCCCCUCCCCCCAGGCGAUCGACUCACGGCCGUUCAGAAAACUCGAUCCGCUCGAGGUCAUCGAGCCUAAAGGUUGCCAGUUCUACCACUCAAGUGAAUGCACCGGCGCCGCCUCCACCCAGAAGGUCGACGCAUGGGUCCAGGCCUUCUACUUCUAUAUCUGGAUUGGGAAUUGGGAUCACUUCGCCUGUGGCCCCGUCUGCUGGGGGCGAGGGUACGGAGUUCCCUGGUCUGGCAGCUCAACCAGUCUCUGGAUCAGCGCAGGGUAGCCGGCCCAGCACCCCCGCCAACUCCUCCUCCAACAACCCAGAAACUGCUAGCAUCAGCAGCUUCAGCCAGCCUGGACAUGGCAGGACCUUGAGUGGAAGCGGCAAACUAGCCCCUCCACCACCCCCCGCGAGGAACAAAUCCGUCCGGUCAGGCGCCCCUUCAACGCCGGGGACUGUGCGCAGGGCGGAUAGCGGGAGGAGCAAAGAGCCGACCGGACUGGCAUCCCCGGCACCGAUUGCCUCGAGUCCGAAUCACGCCCCGCCGCCACCACCCAGACCGCGGCCGAGGGGGAGUAAUAGGCGGUCGGUCUCGGGAAGUGGGAGUGUUGACAGCGGCAAUCCUGCGCCUACGACGGGAACCGUUGAGUCACCUGCGCCUGUUGAAUCAUCUGCUGCUCUAGCCUCGGGAUCAGGCGGUGCGGGUGCGCGGUUUCUGGAAACAUCUUUAGCAUCAGGCGAGGAACCGAGAGGCCUUCCUGAUGGGGAGCUUGCAAGCGGGGACGUCGACGAGGAAGACGUGCUGAGAAGAGAGUCGGCAACUAAGGACAUCCUGGCCGAUUUGGAUGCGUUGCAGAGAGAGGUUGAUGCUUUGCGGGCCGCGCAGGAGCAAAGGGGGACUACUACUACUAUGUGAAUAACCUUGAGGAUACAGAUCAAGACCUUGUAAAGAAAAAAAGAGAAGAAGGGAAAGAAUACAGACAGACAGACAGACAGA